AAGAGACUGAACUUUUUUCUUGUUGCUGUGAUUGUUGCAACGCUAUUUGUUCUGUAUUUCCACUUAGUCUUGGUUUUGCCAAAGCCAAAAAUGGUGAAAGAUAAGCCAAAUUCGACUCGGGUGUAUGAUGACGAUGGUUAUCGAAAAAGGGCAGCUUGUGUGUGUGUCAAAGAAAAUGACCAAAAUCAAAUUCUCCUUGUAUCAUCUUCCAAUGAGAGCAGCAGUUGGAUAGUUCCUGGUGGUGGGCUUGAGCCUGAAGAAAUACCUCCCGAAACUGCGGUUCGAGAAGUCAUGGAAGAGGCUGGCGUUUCCGGUCGUCUGGGCGUUUGUCUAGGUGUUUUUGAAAACAACGAGAGAAAACAUCGAACUACUGUCUACGUUCUACAUGUAACAGAUGAACUAUCUGAAUGGGACGAUUCAAAAACAAUCGGGAGGCGUCGUAAAUGGUUUCAGUUUGACGAAGCCCUUGAUCAUUUAACUGCUCACAAGCCUCUGAUGGCUCAAUGGCUGCUGAACAUAGCAAAAGCUGGCGCCCCAAGAUAAUUUCCUUGAAAAUCUUAUCAUUAACGCCUGAAUGCGGCUCCAUUAUAUAUUAUUAUCUUGCUCCUGAAAAUUAGGCUCUAGAUAAUUAGGUCUAGUCAGCCUCCAAGUAACUGAGUAACCCCAGGAUACUGCUGAAAAUCUUUGAUUCUGCUCUUCCAUAAUUUUUCCUAUCCUUUACCCUUUUUUUAUUUUUCCGAAUGAGUAAAGAUUUUUACAACUUUUACAUUUAACCGUUUUGGCAUUGCAAAAACUCGUUGCAUGGGAAUGUUUGUAAGCGAGAUUAACGAACAUUAGUACGACAAUGGCAAGGCGUCCAAGUUGCUCCCUUAAGUGAUGGUGCUGGAGAUGAACUUUAUUUUUUAGUUACAGACAGUGCAAAAAGAGUUUUUGGUGUUGGAAACAAACGGAUUUAACGAGCGAUAUAAUAAAUGAAUUAUUUACACUU